UCCUUGCUACCCAGACGUAGACCAAAGUCUAAAAGAUCUUUUAAAGAUGGCUUUUGCUGGUAUCCUUAAAGAGGCCGAUAUUGCUGCUGCAAUCAAGGACUGCGCAGCUGCAGACUCCUUCAACUACAAGACAUUCUUCGCCAAGUGCGGCCUGAGCGGAAAGUCUUCUGAUGAGGUCAAGAAGGCCUUCUUCGUCAUUGACCAGGACAAGAGUGGCUUCAUUGAGGAGGAUGAGCUGAAACUGUUCCUGCAGACCUUCCAGGCUGGUGCCAGAGCUCUGACCGAUGGCGAGACCAAGGCCUUCCUCAACGCUGGUGACAGUGACGGUGAUGGCAAGAUUGGAGUUGAUGAGUUUGCUCUCCUUGUGAAGGCUUAAGUUUUCAUGGAACCACAUUUCAUGGAAUCAGACUUCCACUGCUGUAGACUACCUGGCUCAGAUAGCU